AUGCUGAUGGAAAUGGGCUUGAUCUCCUUCAGUGCAGUGGAGAUGGCAGUGCCAAUUCGUUCGCGUGCAUCGUCCAUAUUUCUCACCAAUGCCUACAAUUUAUGGAAUAAGAUCAGGGCAUGGAUUGGAUUGGUGUUGUGCAUGUCCCGCGGCGGGAGGAAGGAGGAGCUGGCAUUAGGGAGCACGACGACAGCAGGGAAGUCCAUGUCGCGGCAUGCCGGAAGCCAAAGGAACGCGCCGCCUUCACGCACGCGCCCUCCACCCCACAGCCGCCAUGGCGCCGUCGCGCCCCCGUGCCACAAGGGCCGGCUCCCUCAGCUUCGCUGCCGUGCCUUGCCAGCAGCGCCGUGUCCCUGGACGCCUGUUGCAGUCGGUGCUGCCGCCGAUGGUCGAGGAAGGAGAGGGACCCCGCCGCCGACGACGAAGGCCGAGCCCGCUGCGUCCUGUGCCGCUGCCGCUGCUGCUACUCGAUGGAGGAGAGGGACCACGCCGCCCGUCGACAUAGGCUGA